ACAUUUGUUUUUUUAAAAACUUUUUAUUGAUAUUACAAACUCUCUCUAUUGGCAAUCACUCCAUAGCCGGUCGCCGAUUGUCAUCGUCGGCGGUAAAGUCCUUCGCGGACAACAACAACAACAACGUAAGACGAGAAACCUAUUGUCAACAACUUAUUCAACGCCGAAACAGUCAUACGAUUGCCAGGACAUCACUAGCAGUUGAUCCACACAGAAAGCAUACAUUAGAUUUAUCAUUAUCAUCGACAACAACAACAAUGUCUCGCUUGAUUACCGUUGCCGCCACCGCUGACGCAUCAUUACCAUCAAAGCCGUCGGCCGCCAACUAUACAACAAUUGCCAUCGAAGGUAACAUCGGUUCGGGAAAGACAACAUUCCUGCGACAUCUUCAGGAGUUCAAUGCCCAGACUGUACGACACGUSGAAGCGUUUGCCGAACCGAUCAAYCAGUGGCGUGACAUACGUGGUAUCAAUUUGUUUCAGUUGCUUCACGAAGACAUCAAUCGCUGGUGUUUUCCAUUUCAAUCGUACGUACAGUUGUCGAUGUUGGCCGUACACCAGRCACUGCCCACUCGGCCCGAAGUGACCAUCAAACUAAUGGAACGGUCGCUAUAUUCGGCUCGUUAUUGUUUUGUCGAAAAUCUCUAUCGACGCCAAUGUAUGCGUCCGGAAGAGUACGCUAUUAUUGACGAAUGGUUUCAAUAUCUGGUCAAAAACGAAGAACGAGUUGGCGUUGAUCUCAUUAUCUAUUUGAAGACCGACCCGGAGGUGGCCUUCGAGCGCAUUCGUAAGCGAAAUCGGGUCGAAGAGAAGGGRCUGACCAUUGAUUACUUGCGCGACUUGCAUGACCUACACGAACAAUGGCUGGGCGCCGGACAACUUAGCGAUAACAAGUUUGCCGUACCGGCACCGGUGAUCACCAUCGAUGCCAAUCAACAGUUGGAUGUGGUCAAGAAGCUAUAUGAUAGCCAUUCGGCCGACAUUAUCAAUGGCACUGUCUUUAGAAGCGAACCGGAAACCGGUUCCCAAUGUGUGUAAUCAAAUCAAUACGAUAUUUAUUAGUCAUUAUUAUUAUUAUUAUUAUUAUU